ACAAGCUCAAGUUCCUAAUCGGAGUGUUCGCAGCUCUUGUAACCGUUCAUUUCCUCUUUGCCAACUACAGAGAUGGGAGCAUCUCAACUCCUGGCGGAGAAGGUUCACUGAAAAGUAAUACCGGCUCAAGCUCAGGGUCCCUGAAGGAAGCAGGUGCUAGCGGUGAAGUUCUCAAGUCCAUCCGUGACUACACCGUGUUUUUCAAUGGAAUGGAAGACUAUGCGAUCAAAUCUGGUUCUAUUAAGGGCAAAUACAUCCAGGAGAAAGAUGGUCAAGCCAAGGAAGUGUUUUCAGGCGACGAAAGCUUUUUGUUCUCCAAGGAAUAUUUGGCUGGUAGGUUGGACAUCAGUGAUGCACUUUUCGAGGAACUCAAAGACUCUCAUACCAAGUAUGUUGAUAGCCACAUUAACAAGCUUAUCGAAAAUUACGGGGUCGAUACUUUCGGAAACGUGUUGAAAUCGGACCCCGAAUGGAGCAACUACCAGGGAAGCUCUGGUUACGUUAUGAUCGGUGGUGGCAAAUACAGUUGGUUGUCCUACUUGGUUAUUAAGCAGAUCAGAAAGACUGGCGCCAAGCUUCCAAUUGAGUUAUUUAUCGCGUCGCAAGACGAGUACGAGAAAGAUUUCUGUGAAACUUUGUUGCCAAAGUUGAACGCAAGAUGUAAUGUUUUCGAUGGCAAGUUGGCAAAAGAGUUAAACGAGAAGUUUGGAAUCGGUGGCUACCAAUACAAGAUGCUUGCACUUUUGAGCUCAAAGUUUGAAAACGUGUUGUAUAUUGACUCUGAUAACUUUCCAACCACCGAUAUCGAUUACUUGUUCGAUUCUAAAACGUACACCGAGACCAACUUGGUGAUCUGGCCGGACGCAUGGGCAAGAACAACCAAUCCAAAGUUCUAUGAAAUUGCCGGAAUCGAUGUGAAAGAAAAGAAGAUCAGAUACAACAAUUACGAUCGCAAGCAGGCCGAAAAAGCUGGAGCUAUGGGUCCUAGGCCGCUUAGUCAAUAUACAUUCAAGGAGUCCGCUUUCCAUACAUUCGAAGGCACUUUGCCAGAUCCUGCUUCGGAAACAGGCAUGCUUAUGAUCAACAAAACAUCACACUUGAAGACCUUGCUUUUAUGCUUAUACUAUAACGUGUUUGGUCCAGACUACUAUUAUCCAUUAUUCACUCAGGGGUCAGCUGGUGAAGGUGACAAGGAAACUUUUAUUGGAGCUGCACAUGUGAUGGGUGAACCUUGGUUCCAAACGCUUAAACAAUUCUCGUGGGUGGGUUACUUCAAGGAAAAUGAAGGAGGAUUUACCUCAAAGUCAUUAGGUCAUUUUGACCCAGAUCAAUCCAAAUUUAAUACUGAACAAGAGGAAGAGAUUGAUUUAAUUUUCAUGCAUUUGUCGUACCCCAAGUAUUACCCCGACUGGUUAUGGAACAACCAUGAGCUUGUCUACGAGAAAAGCGGUAACCACAUCAGAAUGUACGAGUCAAUGUACGAAAAUGUGGGAUACGACUUUGAUCUUAGGGUGAUGCAGCUUUUCACCCAAGCAUUGUGUCCUAACUACUACGAUAGCGAUGGCAAUGCUAUCGAUGGCUCUGACGCCACCAAGUCUGAAUACAUGUUCAAGUACUUGAAAUAUAUUGAACAGGAUGACAAGAAGUAUACUCAGUGGUGUACUGAUCUUUUCAUACCCCACUUGAAGUGGUUGAAGGAAACGACAAAGUACAAGGAGAACAUGAGUUUAUAGAAUCCUAGGAAAUAAUACGUGUCGGAAUCUACAUUUAUUAGUCAUAAGUGUAUGUUU